GAUUCAUUCUUUAUUCUAUUCUUAGCGCUUAUUUCCUCUAUUCUUUGAUCCUUAGUCAUUCCUUCUCUCAACAUGAAAUAUAUCCCUCUCUUUGCUGUGGUCACGUCUGCUUUGGCCAGCAAUGCCGCAGCCAUUGGCGUCUCUGGCGCCGCUGAGGGAUUUGCUAAGGGCGUUACCGGUGGUGGAAGUGCCACCCCGGUCUACCCUAGCACGACUGAUGAGCUGGUCUCAUACCUCGGCGACAGCGAGGCUCGUGUCAUUGUCCUCACCAAGACUUUCGACUUCCGGGGCACUGAAGGCACCACCACCGCUACCGGCUGCGCCCCCUGGGGUACCGGUUCUAAGUGCCAGCUCGCCAUCAACCAGAACUCCUGGUGCGAUAAAUACCAGUCCGGCGUGGCUAAGGCCAGCGUUAGCUAUGAUAACGCUGGUAUUCUUGGUAUCACUGUGAACUCUAACAAGUCCCUGAUUGGUAAGGGCAGCGCCGGUGUCAUUAAGGGUAAGGGUCUACGAAUUGUCAGCGGUGCCAAGAAUGUCAUCAUCCAGAACAUCGCGAUUACUGAUAUCAACCCUAAAUAUGUUUGGGGUGGAGAUGCCAUUACCCUCAAUAAUGCUGAUCUCGUUUGGAUUGACCACGUCACUACCGCCCGUAUCGGCCGCCAGCACAUCGUUCUCGGCACACAGGCUGACAACCGCGUCACCAUAUCCAACUGCUAUAUCAAUGGUGUCUCGGACUACUCUGCCACCUGCGAUGGACAUCACUAUUGGAGCAUCCUCCUUGACGGCUCCAACGACAUGGUCACCAUGAAGGGUAACUACAUCUACCACACCAGUGGCCGUUCCCCUAAGGUCACAGGUAACACUCUAUUGCACGCUGUUAACAACUACUGGUAUGACAACUCCGGCCACGCCUUUGAGAUCAGCUCCGGUGCGUAUGUCCUCGCUGAAGGAAACGUUUUCCGAAAUGUCGAGGUAGUUGCCGAGUCACCCAUCACCGGCAAGCUCUUCACUUCCCCUGAUAGCACUACCAACAAGGUCUGCUCCUCCUACCUUGGCCAUACUUGCCAGGUCAACGGCUUCACAAGUUCCGGCGGCUUCAAACAGGCUGAUGAAGCCUUCCUCUCCAAAUUCAAGGGCAAGAACAUCGCCUCUAGUUCCGCCUACACCACUGUUAUCUCCAGUGUUACCUCCAACGCUGGCCAGGGCAAGCUGUGAGCAGCUUGCGGUACUCAGUUAAAAUAUGAUUGAGAAAGGAUGGAGCGAGGAGACAACUGGGAGAGUUCAAUACCAGGUACCAUUCAGUUUUAUGUCCCUAAGUACCUAUAUAGUGAUUACUGAUGAUACACUCAAACCUAAGUAAAC